CCGUCUCCGAGAAAAAAAAACAUUCCCCAGUCCACAUGGGCGAGGAGACGCGCCGCCGCCGCCGCAGCAUUUCGCCGGCGGCGCUGCCGGACGACGACGACCUGCUCGGCGAGAUCCUCCUCCGCCUGCCCGCGACGCCCUCCUCGCUACCGCGCGCCUCCCUCGUUUGCAAGCGCUGGCGCCGCCUGGCCACCGACGCGGGCUUCCUCCGCCGCUUCCGCGUCCGCCACCGGAAGGACGCCCCCCUCCUCGGCGUCUUCUUCGAGCAGCGCGUGGCGGGGAUGGGGAGGAGGAAGGAUCUCCCGUUCGUCCCCGUCCUCGACGCCCCCGACCGCAUCCCUCCCGCCCGCUUCUCCCUGCGGCUCGACGACGACGACCUAGACGGCGGCGCGGCGGGUUCCUGGAGCGUCCUCGGGUGCCGCCACGGGCGCGUGCUCGUGAUCAACCGGGCGCGGCUCGAGCUCCUCGUGUUCGACCCUGUCGCCGGCGACCGCCGCCGCGUGGGCAUCGCCCCGCCGCCGUUCGUCGGCAAGGCGUUCCACGCCAACGCAGCCGUGCUCUGCGACGAAGACGACCAUGGCGGCCAUGGCCGUUCCGGCAGCGCCUUCAAGGUGGUCUUCGUGGCCACCUCGGACAAAGGCGGGGAGAAAGCCCUCGCCCGUGUCUACUCCUCGGAGACCGGCCAGUGGGGGGACCCCGUCUCCGCAGCGGAGCCAUGCGUCGGCCAUGUCGGCCGCCGCCCUGGCACGCUUGCCGGCAAUGCGCUCUACUGGUGGCUGAACGCGUCUGCGGAUGACAAUGGCAUACUCCAGUUUGAUUUGGGCACCCAGAGGCUGGCUGUGAUCAAGAGGCCCCCCUUCACAGGCAUUCACAAGGGUUGCAGCCGGAUCAUCCGGGCAGAGGACGGUACUGGCGUUGGCUUCGCCGUGUUGUCGUACCCGAGCUUCCAGACGUGGGACCGCAAGGUCGAUUGUCUCGGUGUUGCCUCAUGGCAGCUGCGGAAGACUGUUAACAUGCACAAGGUCCUUGGCCUGCCGUCUAUGAUCGAGGCAGGGAUGGCACGUAUAGUGGGGUACGACGAGGAUGCCGGUGUGAUUCUUGUAUCGGUGUGCACACGUGUCUACAGCCGUGUCUUCGUCGUUCCACUCGAGUCAAUGCAGUCCAGGAAACUCCCUGGAAGCUUUUCGGAGAAUGCCUAUCAUCCGUUCACAAGUUUCUAUACUGGUACUGUUGUGAAGUCUGCUCCAGCCACUGAGCAUUUGACCGAGCAGCCAUUGAGCCACUGAAGCAGCAGGCUCUAACCAUAGCCAUAAAUCUCUCGAACCCUUUAAUUUCAUAGUAUAAUUUGGUUGAGUUAACGAGAUGGUUGACUCAUUUCAGGGGGUUAGCCUGGGAUUAGCCGCGAGCAAGAGACAGAGGACCUUUCUCUUAUCCACUUUCGUCACUUGUCUCUUUAUUAUACUUAAUCACAUAGCUAGGAAAAUGUUCUUAUCAUAAUCUCUAGUAAGUUACCCACGUGUUGCUACGGAACACUAUAAAAGUUAGUUGAGAAGGAGUAUGAUAACCCUCAAAUAAAAGAAAUGGGAGUUCGGCA